AUCACGUUGUUAUCUUCAACAAAGUACGACGCAAUUUAUUUGCAUCAAUUUUUAAAAUUUCUUUGUGUUUUUGUAAGUUGGUUAGCCUUAAUUUUAUUAUAUUUUGCAUUCAAAUCUGUGGUUUAUUCAUCCGUAGAAAUGGAAUUUGAUGAAAUGUUUAUGAUGAAUCAAGAUUUCGAAGAUUCAAACGCUGGAUCUGUGGAACUUGCUGUCGAGGUGAAAGAAAGCUCAAGACGAGGACGAAAACCUGGAAAAAAAUCUUCCGAGAAACUCGAUAUUCGAGCUAAAUUAGAAAGGAGUAGGCAAAGUGCAAGAGAAUGCCGAGCAAGGAAAAAAUUACGCUACCAGUAUCUGGAAGAAUUAGUUACUGAUCGAGAAAAGGCCGUGUUUUCUUUGAGACAAGAAUUAGAAAAGUUAAAAACUUGGUGUCAUGAAUUAGAUGAAGGAAGAGUGCCAGAAGGUUUUCAAUCUUUCUUAGAAGAUCUUGGUAUUAUCAAAGAAGAACAGUGAAACAGUUGAUUUUUCUGAUGAAGAAUCAUCAGUGAAGCUUUCGUCUUACAGCACAGUAAAGGUCCUCCUGGUGGCGAUGAUUGUGAGGAAAUCGCUUUGUGUAUUCUUUAAACAUUGAAUGUUGCAAAAAUUUACGUAAUUAUUUCAAACUAUUUAUUUUAUACUUAUUUAUACUUAUAUAUUUUCCACGUAAAUAGUAAACCAUUGAAGUGUCCUAAAAACUGUAAAGAGAUGCAUUAAUAUUAGCUGUAUUUUUACAAUAUUAUUUCAUCAUCGUCAUGAAUUGACCAGUUUUCAUCUCAGUUUUCUAAAAUUGAUGCAUUUCUUGUUCUACCAUAAUCUUGUGUAAAGAUAAUCGUAUUUCAUCAGUAGCUAUGUAUCGUGUACGUAUAACAGUAAUGAAAUAUUGCUUUCCAUUUUGUUGAGUGUAUCGAAAAAUUGUUCAUUUUUAUAUUUAUUCAGAAGUUUUAAAAACAGAGUUUUGUAUUUUAAUUGUUAUUAUAAUCUGUGUACAAACUUGUCAAUAUGUUCAACACUUUUGUUUUGUUGUGGUUUUUAUUCGUUUUUAUUUAUUAAAACUGUUAAGUAUAA